AUGGAUUUGAUUGAAUUGGAUUAUUUGAGUGCUUUAGAAGAUUUGACAUUUAAUAGUAAGCCUAUAAUCCAUACGUUGACCUAUGUUGCUCAAGAAAAUGAAGCUUAUGCCUUGAGCGUCGUGAAUGCACUCGAAAAACACAUACAAAAAUGCCCUCCCUCAUCCAAAUUGCCAGCUUUGUAUCUUUUGGACUCUAUUUCGAAAAAUAUUGGUUACCCGUACACAUUAUUUUUUGGCCGUCAUCUUUUUACCACAUUCAUGAAUGCCUACACGGUUGUUGAGCCUUCUUUACGGUUAAAGUUGGAUCAAUUACUAGGUACUUGGAAACAGCGUUCCCCCAAUUCAAGUUCUCCGGAUUCUGUAUUCCCUCCAACUGUAACUGGAAAGAUUGAAAAUGCCCUCUUAAAAUAUAAAUCUUCAUUCCUGCGUCACCAAACUCCCCUUUUAUCUGCCACAACGAACCCUACAUAUCCUAAUACUAAUGUUCGAAAUUCUUAUGGUUCUACGUAUUCAGGUUCCACGCCUGCUGACAUAUCGGGUUCAGGAAUUCCUACUCCUGUCAACCAGGUAUUAACUCUUGAAAACCUACUUGCCGACGUUGCUCGCAUGAUUAUUACCGAACAGGCCAGAUGUAUGCGGAAUCCUUUCGAUAGUCUAGCGAAAAAGCGCGUCGAAAUACUCUCUCAAUUGCAGCAGGUUUUGUCUACUUCCAGUCUCCCUUAUGACCAACUGUUGGUAAUCAAAAAACAGCUGACAAGCUUGGAAACUCCCAAGCCUUCUCCUCAACCUCUUGCUUCGCCAUUUAUAAACCCACAACCUAUUAGCACUUUCCCUGCUACUCAGACGCCCCCACUAUUAUCUCAUGCCUCCCACAAUCUAGCACCUACCAGCUAUACUUCUACACCUAUCCUUCCACCCCAGUCAGCAUACCCAUAUCGUGCUCCGGUUCCAAACGCUUCUGUUUCUCCUCCUCCUCCUGCUUCUUCUGUGUUCGGUCCUGGUAAUCCAGCGAGUAAUCUAACCAGAGAAGAGUCCGAGAGCAUCAAUUCUUUGUUUGCAAAUUUGCAGGCAGCCGGCUUAGUAUCACCAAAAGGUUCACCUCCUCCCACCGUCAACGCUCCGUCCAGUUUCACAUCUCCUAUUUCCGAAAUUGACUUAUCGAAAGCCUCUUUAUCUACCCCUCAUCCUGAACUAGCUACUCUGUUAUAUAAUUCUUUUCCCAAUCAAUGUGCAAAUUGCGGUCGCAGAUAUGCCAAUGAUCCUGAAAGCAGAAAAGAACUGGAUCAGCAUUUCGAUUGGCAUUUUAGAAUCAACAAAAGAAUCCGUGAAAGUAGUCUGCACGGCAUUAACAGGUGCUGGUUUAUUACUGAGGAAGAAUGGAUUCAGAAUGAUGAAAAAGAGGAUUUGGUAACAGAAACUGCUGCCGAACUGGAAGAGCAAAAACAAAAGCAACUUGAGUCUAUACUUUCACAAUAUGUGUUGACACCACUCGACCCUAUAAUUGCUUCUCAACCUUGUCCAGUUUGCCAAGAAAAAUUCCGUAGUGUCUGGCACGAAGAGGCCGAGAUGUGGGUAUUUAUGAACGCUGUCGAAAAGGAUGGUCGAAUAUGUCAUGCCACAUGCUUGCAAGAAUUGGAGCAAUCAAAGGAUGCAAAAAUUUCAUCCAAUUCAGCAGCUACUUCGCAUAUGCAGCCAUCAUCUCAAAAACCAGUGAAACAGACCGCAAAUGGAGCCCCUCCGCAAGCGGAUGUUCAAAGUCUUUUACAAGGUAUAGAUGUUCAAGGAAUCCUCCAAGCUAUCGGCAAACGAAAGGAGAGAGACGAAUCAGUUGACACGACACCUCCCAAAGCGGUAAAGCAGGAAACGGAAUGA